GCAUCUGUCACCCUCCCGAGCGAGCUGCCUCCCACCACCGCGAUCCCCUCCACCCCGCGCCGCGCGCGCUCCAACCAAGAGAAGAGUAGCUCUGCCGCCGGAGCCGCAGCGUGGGGAGUGGUCCUCCUCCGCGUCGGCGUCCUUUCGGCUGCUGUGCCGGGAGGGAGAUCGGGGGAGGUCUUCGUCGGCUGGAUCCAAGAAACGGGGGGGAGGGGGAUUUGCUGGCGGGGAGGAGGGAGAUGAGCCGGGGGCGGUCGCCGGAGCCGCUGGAUUUCUUCAUCUGGACAGUCGAGGAUGUUGGAUUAUGGCUUGAAGAGAUAAAUCUUGGCAGCUACAGGCAAGUUUUUGAAGAAAACGGUGUCAAUGGAGAGUAUCUUGAAAGCCUGUCGAUGUUUACUACAGAGCAGAUUCUGCGGUUUAUCAGGAGGUGCCAUAUGAAAUGGGGAGACUUCAUCACAUUGUGCAAAGAAUUGAGACGCAUCAAAGUGGCCUGCCUGAAAGGGGAGCAAGAAGUCCGCAGGCCAUGGUGGGCGCCGUCAUGCUUAUCGGUGGUGUUCGUGAGGGCGGCCAAGCGGAACCGGCAGUCUCGAGUCGUCUCCCUGAAGCUGGAGCCCUAGUACCCGUCCACCACAACGAAUCACCGCGUCGUCGCCGUCCUCCUCCUCCAGCUCCUGGUUGGAGGCACUGCAACCGCACACCAUGGUGUGCUAGUUCUCAGUGAUAUGAAAGGGUGUCUUCCUGUGAGAGCAGAGUAUGCUGCUCUACUAUGUUCAACCGGUCAUCUAUCCUUUUUUUUUUCUUUUUCUUGAUCUGUUUUAAUCAUGAUAUAUAGGGUUUGGAAUAGUAACCUGGUGUAGACAAACAAGAUACAAUAUAUUGUGCAGAUGGUUCCCUUAAAAGUUUCUGCUGCUUGCAAAUCAGUCUUGAGUUUGUUCUAGGUGUUAUACUGUCAUGUCAAGAUUGGUCCCC